GCCAUCAGACAAGACAUUCCCGCUGGUCCCGCACGGAUCUGCUGCUCUCACACAGGAGACGACCGACGAGCGUUUUCGACCUUGUGGACACUCACCAGGCAUAAUUGACUUAAUAAGCUUUGCUUCUUCCAGGGCUGAGCUAAGGGCCCACACCAGGAGCGUUCUUCUGGAAGAGUCUACCGUCCGGCAGAGAAGGUCAUAAGCAUCGUCGUGGUAACCCAGCAGCAGUGAUGGGCAACUCGAAAAGCAGCGCCGUGUCCAAGGAGAUCCUGGAGGACCUGAAACUCAACACCAAGUUCUCCGAGACCGAGAUCGCCCAGUGGUAUGAAAACUUCAAGAGGCAGUGUCCCACCGGACGCAUCAGCAAGGAGGAGUUCCAGAGCAUCUACUCCAAGUUCUUCCCGGAGAGCGAUGCCAACACAUACGCGCAGCACGUCUUCCGCUCCUUCGACACCAACGACGACGGCACGCUGGACUUCAAGGAGUACAUCAUCGCCCUGCACAUGACCUCCACCGGGAAGACCACCAGGAAGCUGGAGUGGGCUUUCUCGCUCUUCGAUGUGGACAAGAACGGAUACAUCACCAAGUCCGAGGUCAAGGAAAUUUGCACGGCGAUCUUCAAGCUGAUUCCCAAGGAUGAAUUGUCCAAACUGCCGUCUGACGAAAACACUGCAGAGAAGAGGGCGGAUAAAUUGUGGAAGUACUUCGACAAAGGAGAUAACGACCGCGUGGCGGAGGGCGAGUUCAUCAAGGGGGUGUUGGAGAAUGACGAGGCCCUUCGCUUAAUCCAGUACCAGCCCCCGCAGUAGCCCCCCCCAACUUUGUCUGACCUCUGACGGCACCUUCCAAUGGCGAAGAAUCUACUCGCGUUCACGUGAGACGUCUGGCAGCAGCUCGGCAGAGAGUGCGCAUGUGCACUAGUUCCACUUCCUGUUUUGUGUCAUGACAAUGAGUUUGUCUCUAGCACGGUUGCGUGACCAACAAGUGUGUAGUCGUGUCUCCUCAGCCAAACCUUAUUUGCUACCUUUGUGUCGCUAAAAGUGUUUUUGUCAUUUUGCACAACACGCCCCACCCAGACCCGCACCCCAUCAAUUCUAUGGAAAUAUUGUCAAUAAAGGCUGUCGUAAAUCAUCCCAUAUUAUGGAUGUCCGAUGUGCAGCACCCAGUGAACAUAAAAAUAAAAAAAAUACCGUUUUAAAACAAAAGCCUGCAAAAUUGAAAAAUCGAAGUUAAAGUCCCAACGAUAGUCACACACACACUAGGUGUGGUUAAAUUAUCCUCUGCAAUUGACCCAUCCCCGUGUUCACCCCCUGGAAGGUAAGGGGAGCAGUGAGCAGCACCGGUGGCCGCGCUCAGGAAUCAUUUGAUGAUUGACAAUUUGAUGCAAAUAAUAACACAAAGAAAUGAAGGUUGAUUUUUUUUCUUAAGAUAUAACUUAUUAGCAUAUUGGAUUGUUUUUACACAAUAAAAAAAUUGGCAAAGUGAA